CGCAACUACAUUUUGUCUCUUCUCUGUUUUCAGAAACAGAGAGGGGAGAGAGGCAGAGAGCUAUGGGUCAGCAGAGCCUGGCAGUUCCACUUGUCUCUGAACAUAACAAGAAGAGCUGGAAGAGGACUACUAGAGCUCUGUGGAUUCUGCUUGCUUUUACAGCAAUCAUUUUUGUGGGGCUUAUAUUAGGAGGCUACACAAAUGGAUGGGUAGUAGUGAGAGAUUCAAAUAAGGGAAUUGGAGCAAAUGAAUCUGACAUUGUUGAGUCAGAGCAUGGUGUUGUGGCCGCUGAUGAUGCCAGGUGUUCUGAAAUCGGUGCGUCGAUUCUUAGGCAGGGUGGACAUGCUGUUGAUGCUGCAGUGGCAACAGCAUUGUGCCUUGGGGUUGUUAAUCCAAUGGCAAGUGGAAUAGGAGGUGGGGGUUUUAUGGUUGUUCGAUCUUCAGCAACAUUGAAAACGCAAGCUUUCGAUAUGAGGGAAACUGCUCCUUUAGCUGCUUCACAGAAUAUGUAUGAAAGCAAUCCUGAAGCCAAGUUAACAGGUGCAUUGUCAAUGGGGGUUCCUGGUGAGAUUGCUGGUCUACAUGAAGCUUGGUUACAACAUGGGCGAAUGGCGUGGAAGACCUUAUUUCAGCCUGCAAUAAAACUCGCUAAAGAGGGAUUUGAAGUUGCUCCUUAUCUUGGAGGACAUAUACGUUCAUGUGAAGAAAUGAUUAUAAAAGACCCUGGCUUAAGGCAAGUGUAUGCCCCAAACGGGAAGGUGUUAAAGGCAGGUGAUAUGUGUUACAAUGUGGAACUUGGCAAUAGCUUAGAGUCAAUUGCAGAACAAGGGCCACAAGCCUUUUACAAUGGUAGUCUUGGUGAAAAAAUUGUAAAAGAUGUGAGAGAGGCUGGUGGGAUUUUGACAAUGGAGGAUUUGAGGACUUACAAAGUGAAUGUUACAGAUGCCAUGACUGCAGAUGUGUGGGGAUAUACUAUAUCAGGAAUGCCACCUCCUUCAGCUGGAACUUUGGGGCUUUCUAUGGUUUUGAACAUCUUCAACAGCUAUGGAAAUUCAGAUGCAGUAAACGGAGAUCUUGGUCUGCAUCGUCUAAUUGAAGCAUUGAAACACAUGUUUGCAAUCCGAAUGAACUUGGGUGAUCCUGCUUUUGUUGAUACCCAUGAAUAUGCAUCUGAUAUGCUUUCCCCAUCCUUUGCAAAAGAAAUUCAGCGGAAGAUAUUUGACAACACAACUUUCCCACCAGAGUACUAUUCAUACAGGUGGAGUCAGCUCAGAGAUCAUGGAACAAGUCAUUUCUGCAUAGUAGAUGCAGACAGAAAUGCUGUAUCAAUGACAACCACUGUAAACUAUCCUUUUGGAGGUGGAGUACUCUCUCCUUCCACUGGAAUUGUGCUCAACAAUGAGAUGGGUGACUUCUCAAUUCCCACUGACAUAACUCCAGAUCAUCUCCCUCCUGCUCCGUCAAAUUUCAUUGAACCAAUCAAAAGACCUUUAUCUUCCAUGACUCCUAUUAUAGUCACAAAGGAUAAUCAAUUGGUUGGGGUGCUUGGAGGUAGUGGUGGUCUGAACAUUAUCCCAGCAGUAACACAGGUGUUUAUCAAUUAUUUUAUAUUGGGGAUGGAACCUUUAGCUGCAGUUCAAAGUCCAAGAGUCUACCACAGGCUAAUACCAAACAUAGUGUCCUACGAAAACUGGACUGUAAUCGAUGGAGAUCAUAUCGAGCUUUCAGACGAAAGAAAGCACUUCUUACAGGAUCGGGGUCACGAAUUGCAGGCUAAAGCCGGGGGAGCCAUCACUCAGCUCAUUGUUCAAAAACUUGGAAACCCUAUACAGAUGGGAAGGAAAAGUGGUAAAAGUUCAAAUGGAAACGUCUUCCAUGGUAUACUCACUGCUGUAAGUGACCCUAGAAAGGAUGGAAGGCCUGCAGCUGUAUGAUAAUGUUGCAAAGUGAUUGUAUGUUAAAAUGUUUGUUGUUGAGGGAUAGGUGCUUGGGCAAGAAUCGGGUAUUGUUAGUGUAAAUAUCAAUUGGGGAAUCUGAAUAAAUUCAACAGGACUUUUUACUACUAAUGAACUAAUGAUCUUUCUC